CUCACUCUGAGGGAUCAGGGUGUCAGUAAAAAAAAAAGGUAUUAUCCCGCAAUAACAUGAUUUCCUUGUUGGGUUAUUAAUAGAACAAGGGGAAUAUAGUCCUUACAGUUUUAUAUAAAGGUAACCUAGGAAACGAUCCCUUCUCCGUCUGCACAGACCUGACCUUUCUCGCGGGAUCUAAGUGAAUUAUUUAUGCAAAUCUAUUGGUCAUUUAAAGGUAUGGAUGUAUGAGAUAUUAUCAUUCAAAAUUUCGGAUUUAUUGUGUGAGACGUAUCCUGCUUUCAAGUUGGAUAUUACACCUGUGGGGAAUAUCCUGGUGAGUUUGGAUAUAUCACAUUUGUUGGAAUUUAUCCUGGUGAAUCUUCUGAUAAUUAGAUUUUCCGAACCAUGGAUUCUAACCACGAUUUACCUGGGAUCGUCGUUCCUUGGAAGUAAAUCGUUGCCUGUGAUGGAUUAAAUACCCCUAUAUUUUCUUGAGAAUUAUAUUCGGACAGGUUAAUUCACGUAUGGACUAUACAUCAGAAAAGACGGAGUAUUUUCGAAUUUUUUCGCUCACCACCUUUCCACUGCUGGACAUAAGCUAUUUUUUCUGGAAGUCUCCAAACCAAGGAUAUCUGCUACUCGUCUGGAUUUAAAUAACAUCAUGGACCAAAGGAUGUAAGUUGGCUAGGUGUCAUCACAGUGCCCCAUCAGUACAUCAUUCACCGCUAAUUGAUCAUAUUCAGACAAGGAAACACAAUUUUACAGGGUAUAAUUGUAAUUUAGUAUGGAGCUUAUAUCAACAGGAACUGAAGAGAAACUGAGGAGUAACAGAAAACACCCAUCAAGAAAUUCCAUGGAAAUAUUUUUGGGAGAGAUGGCCAUGAAGACAACUGAAGACAUGCAUUUUGGAUGUACCUGCCUCAUGGAAGUAUGGAUGUAACCCCCUUAUUGGAUGUAAGGAUGUUGGGUAUAGGAUGUACACAGGUGUAACCGCAUUUCCAUUGCUGGAUUACUCCGCUCCAGUGUGGAUUUAGCUGUAUAUCCUCUCAGCAUCAGUAUUUGGUUUGGGUUACGAACAAAGAACAGAAACAUCAUUUUCAAAGAAUAUUAAUGAAGCCUGAAGAGGAUGUAAUCUACACAAAGUGAUGGGAGUAGACUGUCUAUUUUGCCCUUGGGAUAUGUAAUAGGCCUAUCUUAAGGAAUUAAAUAUGUUGCAGUGGACUAGGAUUGUUCCAAUAAUUUUGGUGAGAUACGAUACUGUUUUUCACAGGAGUGUAUGCAAACUGGCUUCCUAGUUUCGAAGAGGAAUAAUACCGGCCUCUAUUUUGGACAGCAGUAUGCAGACAACUCACACUUUUUUGCUUUUUUAUACUAGGUUACUAUAAGCAAAUUGGACAUAUUUUCAGGAUGGCCCAUUUCUAGUCUCACUUUUGGAAUGCACUGCUAUGUUUGACUCAAAUCAUACCUUUAGUACUGUAUCAAUUGUUGUCAUAAGAAAUCCAUUUCUUUGGUUAUUUUGUUUUCUUCCUUUUUCCAUCAAACGAAGAGAUUAAGAAAUGGUGGAUUAUACCUCAGAUACCUACCCACCUGGUGUUCUUCUCCAACGUCGAAGACUAUACGCAUGAUGACAAAACAAACAUUUUUGCUCCAUUUUUUUUUUAUUCCGAAUGAUUUUUUAUUUUUAUUCCUGCUCACACCAUUCUGUCCUCCUAGAUUGUAUUUGGGAUUAUAGGUUCGGUUACUGCUUUUGGAAAAGCUCAGAGAGCCGGGAGCGUGCAUAUGAUCACAGCCCCUAUGGACACCAUGAGCGCGGUGGGACUUUUGAUAGACAGCGUCACUACAACGCAGACUAUUACCGCGAUCGCACCAUGUUUGCAGCUGGAGUUAGCCCUGGGCCUGGAAGUGGCGGCGCUAUGGGUGGGAGCUUUGAAACCCCGGAGCCUCAUUUUGAGUCCAGGAUCCGAGGAGAUCCCUUCACCUUGUCUAGUGCUGUGCGCCGCGACCCCUAUCGAGAUGACAGGGGACGUCGUGUUGACAGAACUUACCAUCGCCGCAGUCGGUCAUCUCAUUCCUCACAGUCUCGACAUCCCUCCCCGCAAAGGACCACGGGGCAAACGCCCAAAGCCCCCCAUUCCCCCAAAAGAGCCCCCCUCUCCCCAGGAAGAGGUCCACGCUCUAGGUCCCGCAGUAGGUCCUCUAGCUCUGAUUCUGUCAGCAGCACCAGCAGUACCGGCAGUGGCAGCAGCGAUUCAAACAGCAGCUCAAGUGAUGGGUCUCAUGCACGCUCUGUUCAGUCCUCUGCUACACAUGCACCUCCCUCUCAGCCGUGCUCCAUGGUGAUGGAAGGUGAUGAGCCACGCAGAAGCUUUGGCAUCAGGGUGCAGAACCUACCAGUGCGCUCCACAGACACAAGUUUGAAAGAUGGACUGUUCCAUGAGUUCAAGAAACAUGGGAAAGUGACAUCCGUGCAGAUCCACGGGGCCUUGGAGGACCGAUAUGGUCUGGUGUUCUUCAGACAGCAGGAAGACCAAGAGAAAGCCCUCAACGUCUCCAAAGGAAAGCUUUUCUUCGGCAUGAUGAUCGAGGUUUCAGCCUGGAACGGCCCUGAAACAGAGAGCGAGAAUGAAUUCAGGCCUUUGGAUGGACGGAUUGAUGAAUUCCACCCCAAGGCGACUAGGACCCUGUUUAUCGGCAACUUGGAGAAGACCACCAGUUACCAACAGCUCCUUGAUAUCUUCCAGCGCUUUGGAGAGAUUGUGGAUAUUGACAUUAAAAAGGUCAAUGGUGUUCCUCAAUACGCCUUUGUGCAGUAUUCUGAUAUUGUCAGUGUCUGCAAAGCUAUAAAGAAGAUGGAUGGAGAGUAUUUGGGGAGCAACCGGCUCAAGCUGGGUUUUGGGAAGAGUAUGCCCACAACAUGUGUUUGGCUGGACGGUUUGGCUUCCAACAUCACAGAGCAAUAUCUCACACGUCACUUCUGCCGCUAUGGACAUGUAGUCAAGGUGGUGUUUGACAGGUUAAAGGGGAUGUCUCUCAUCUUGUAUAACAACACAGAUUUUGCACAGGCAGCUGUCAGGGAGACCAAAGGCUGGAAGAUUGGCGGCAACAAAAUAAAGGUGGAUUUUGCCAGCCAAGAGAGUCAGAUGGCUUUUUAUCGCGCUAUGCAGGCCUCUGGGCAAGACAUUAGAGACUUCUACGAAAUUCCAACUGAAAGACGAGAGGAACGACCAAGACCUCCAUACCAUGAGUUCUCAGCAGAAAGAGCCUACUUUGAGAAUGCACGCACCCCUGGCACCAUUUACCCCGAAGAUCCUCGACGAGACUAUCCCGCCCGCAGCCGUGAGCGGUAUUCGGAGUUGGAGCACUACCAGGGAGAACACUUUGACCCACGCUACCACGAGGACCCCCGGGAGUUCAGGGAUUAUCGAGAUCCUUUUGAGCAGGACAUUCGGAAAUACACAUACAUCCAGAGGGAGCGAGAAAGAGAGCGGGAGCGCUUUGAGGCAGACCGCGGCAUGUGGAGCCCCUCUCAUCCACGGCGCCCGAUCACCCCUUCUGCCUCCCCUUCACCAUCUGAGCGUGCUCCCAGAGAUCCAGAGCGACGGGUCUACAGCCAGUCCUCUGAGCGAAGUGGUAGUUGCAGCUCACUCUCACCACCACCACGCUUUGACAAGACUGACAAGGCUCCUCCGUUGGAACAUGGAGCCAGCUCUAAGAGUGAGAGGUUGGAAAAAGACACCCACCUUGUCGAACCUGAGCGUGAGCGUGGAGCUGGGGCUGAGAAGAGCAAGCGGGGGAGACGAAAGGAGAAAGGUGACAAAGAAAAGGGGGAGAAGAGUAAGUCAAGGAAAGGAAAGGUGCAAUCUCCCAGCAUCCCACCAUCUGAGACAGAGCUAGAACCCAGCCUGGAUGGAGGCUCUGGAAGGGGAAAGGUGUCGGACCAAGACAGCCUUGACAGACAGAGAUAUAAAGGUGACGACGACCCUCCUCCUUCAGAUCCGACAACGUCAACCUCUCGCCAUGAGCCUGUAAAAAGUGAGAGACUUGAGUCGGGGAAAGGUGAGAAUGCAGACAAGGAUGGUAAAACACGAUCCAAGAAACACCAAAAAUCUGACACUGGAAAUGAUGGGAAAGAUCCAUCAGCGGAUUCUGAUCGGUUAGCUGCGAGAAAGAGGCGCUUUGGAGAUGCCAGUGGGAGGACCAUUCGGCAGAAGAGGAGAAGGCUGGAAACUGAGGAAGGGAGUCAAGCCCCAGACUUUGGAGCUAGCACUGGCUUUCCAAAAGCGACUGAUGGCGACAGUAAGGCUCAGCAAAAAGACUCACAGCGGAGGGAUUCAAGAUCCAAAACAGAGAGGCUGGCGUUUCUUGGCAGUCAUAAAGAGGGUCAGGAUCCUGUAAUGAGAGGACAGGAAGAGCUGCCCGAGGGGAGCGUGGACCCUAUGGACUCAAAACGCCACCCUAGCCACAGUAUGUCCAGAAGAUUCUCCCAUGAUGGGAACAUGGACCAAGACAAUGCAAGAGAUCAAGAUCCACCGAGCCCUUUCAAAUAUGGUGCACAGGACAAUGACAAGGGUGUCAAGGAAGAGCCUCUGGAUAUUGACCUUUCCCAGAGUUACCGCAAACAGAUGGAGCAAAGGAGGCUCCACCAACAGCUGCAGGAGCCAGACAAACAAGAAAAACCUGGAAGUCCACAAGGCUUAGAAACGGAGGACCUUGAACACCGCAGUCUGGUACAUGAAGUGGGCAAGCCACCUCAAGACGUCACAGAUAAUUUCCCAUCUCAUAAACUCAAGAAACUAGAGCAAUUUGACGCAGAUAUGAGUGCCAAGAGGGGAGACCGCGUCUACAGGAGCUUCCGGCAAAAGAGUGAAGAUCCUGAGUGGCACAACACUGCAUCUCCAGGCUUGCAACACUUCUCUCAUCAUGCUGAAGAGGACUUUGCGGAAUCUUCACAUCUCAGGGAGGUUAAAACGGAGGAUAAAAGCCACCCAGACCUGGAGCUGGCAGUCAAAAGGACACAUACAACGCAAAUGUCCAAGCCAAGCACUCCUUUACAACUUAGUGAAGAAGAGCGGGAAAAACGUUGGGAGAGCAGAGUCAAGCAAGAUUUUUUACCCGACUUAAACUUCUCCAGAGGCAUUGGAAAAAAUACACACAAUCGCAAGCGUUUGGAGUGCGGAAUUUUACAUGAUUUGGAGCCUGGGGAAGUACGAUCCGAUUCUGAAGAGGAUAGAGAACACAAACCACAUUCUCCUAUGCCUUCCACUUCUAUGCCUUUCUCUGACAGGCAACGAGUGGACAGAUUUUCAGACCCUAAGCUUGCCACCUUGGAGAGGAUGAAGUUCUACUCCUUUGCACUUGACCAGACUAUCACACCAGAUACCAAGGCCCUGCUAGAGCGAGCAAAGUCUCUGUCCUCCUCUAGGGAGGACAACUGGUCUUUCUUGGACUAUGAUUCACACUUUACUGGUUUGCGCAGUAGGAAAGAUACUGAAAAGGUUGAGUCAGCACCACGGCCUACAGGGUCUUGGUACCAGAGGAAGAAGAAAAUUCGCAGUGGUGGGUCUGAAGACAAACUAGAUGACAGGAAGGAAGAGUCCAAGCCCAAGCCAGAGGAACAUGAACGCAGGGAACUGUUUGCCUCCCGUUUCCUUCACAGCUCAAUCUUUGAGCAGGACUCAAGACGUCUUCAGCACCUUGAGCGAAAGCAUGAGGACCCUGAGCAAAGUCAGGCUCAACAAACUGGUCAGCAAGGCCUGGCAGAUGGGCAGCCUGACACAGAACCAGUUGUCCUCUUCCAUAGCCGCUUUUUGGAGUUCACGCGGCUACAACAGCAGAAAGACCAACAACUACAUGAAGUAAAAAGAGCAGAUUCCAUAGAUGGUAAUAGGGUGGAGAAGUCACCUGAGGCAGAACCGCAACCUCUGCAGUUACCUAAAACCUCAGAACCGGUCAUGGAUCCAGAGACUAAACCUAUUAGCCCUGCUGAGAACCACAUGAUUUCCCAGCCCCCACUUAUGCCCAAGGAGAUGUCUCCACCUAAACAAAUGUAUCCACCCCUUCCACCCAAGGGGAUGUCUCCACCCAAGCAGAUGUCUCCACCCCUUCCACUCAAGGAAAUGUCUCCACCCAAGCAAAUGUCUCCACCCCUUCCACCCAAGGAAAUGUCUCCACCCCUUCCACCCAAGGAAAUGUCUCCACCCAAGCAGAUGUCUCCACCCCUUCCACCUAAGGAAAUGUCUCCACCCCUUCCACCCAAGGAAAUGUCUCCACCCAAGCAGAUGUCUCCACCCCUUCCACCCAAGGAAAUGUCUCCACCCAAGCAGAUGUCUCCACCCCUUCCACCCAAGGAAAUGUCUCCACCCAAGCAGAUGUCUCCACCCCUUCCACCCAAAGAGAUGUCUCCAACAGUGGAAACACGUGACAUGUUUACUCCAGAGCCAGAGGGUCCAGAGCCAGCUGCCCAAGAACCUUUCACAAAAGAAAACAGAGAAAAUGAGCAGCUCCCUCCCCUCCUGCAAAUAUCUCCCCAUGAGAUGUCGCCCGCUGCUUCUGUUAAUUUAGUAGCCCCUGAGCCCAUCCGUUCUGUGAGAAAAGUAAAAAAAUCCCCUAGUGAAGAGAAAUUUGAAGAGAUAUCUCAGAAUAUUAAAAUGUUGAACCCUGAGCAGUCUUCCAGCGGUGACUGCCUUCAUGAAACAUCAGUGAGUAGUUCUGUACCAGAGCCUGAGCUGGCACCACCUGAAUUACCACCUGAAUUGUUAAGUUCCACACCACCUAACCCUGUUGAGGAGAUGGAGGUUUCAAAAGAUGAUACCAACACUGACGAUACAGAGGUGGAAAAGAAACUUGAACUCAAUCAGACCCAGGUGCUUGUUGAUAAUGAAACCAGUGAUGAGUCAAUUUCAUCACCUCAGAAGUCCAAGAACAAAAAGAGUAAGUCUCCUACUCAAGUCCCACUGACUCCUUUGGUUUCAGCAACUAGUUCAGAGAAACCACUUACACGCAAGAGUGAACGCACAAAACGUGCAUCAUCCCCUAGAGCAGAGUCUUCAAAGGGAAUCUCAGAUUCCAAAUCCACAGGCAAGUCUCCCAUACAUGGUACAGACCCCGAGCAUGGCACAGAGCAGAGUAUAUCUGUUGGAAGAGCAAGGCGUAGAAAUGUGAAAUCUGUGUAUGCCACCCCAGUUGAGGAAGAUGCCACUAAGGGGGCUGGAAAGGAUGUAACUGAGUCACCCCGCGCUGCACGGAAGCGAGGUGGAGACAAAGACAAGGAAGCAGCCUCUCAGCAACCAUUAGAGCAGGAUUCCCUUGCACCGAUCACCUCAAGGCGGGGACGUCCCCCUAAGAAUCGGCGACAAGGAGAGGACAUGUUAACUGCUAAAGGGGAUAGAUCAAAAAUGGAGACCAAAGAUACAGACUCGAAUGAAUCAGAGAGUAGUGAAAGAAUUUCAAAAGUGUCAAAAGGCAGACAUUCUCCUCAUGGUCAUAAAGUGUUGGCAAGUCAAUUACCCAUGCCCACAGCGACUGGAUCAAGUAGGAAGGGGGACAAAACUGAGCCGCCUGAAGAUGUUGCUCAGCAGAUGGAUUUUAUAGAGGACAGUUUGGCCAUGCAGGAUUCCAUUGUCUCAUGUAAAGAAGAUACUGUUGUGACAAAGAAAGAGGAGAAUGUCAAGCAACAACUAGGAACAGAGAAAUCACGAGACAAAGACAGGCAGAAAAAGGACCCUAUUGACGAGAAAGCCAGUGGAACUAAAUUUGGUGAGAAAGAGUCUGAACCACCAGUCGUGGAAGAACAGCCUGUAUUGGAGAAAGUGGAGAAGAGUGGUAGAGGAAAAGCUCCACGCUUGACACGGACUCCAAAAUCUCCUGUCCUCAAGAACCUCAAGAUCAGACUAAAUGUUACUGAGGUGAAAGAUUUGCUUCAAAUGGGGGAUGAGGAACCUGAAAAUCAGGAUGAUUCUUCUAAAAAGACCAAACCAGGUGAAUCUACUAAUGACCCAUUAUUAGAGUCUAGUUCAGGAAAAGAUGUGAGUUCUAGCAACGAGGAUAAAGAUGAGGGCACACCAGAUACUAAACCUCCAAUAGAUCCUAAAACUUUGCUACAACAGGAACAGGAGCUGGAGCAAGCUGUGGAGAACAUUGCUAAACUGACAGACCCAACCCUCCCAGCAGAGUCACCAACUCCACUUGUCCCACCAUCUGCAGAAUUAAAAAUUGAGACUGAGGAAGAGAAACCUGCCAAUCCUGCUAGUGAGUAUGAGCUUGCUGCUGCCAUUGAUUCGAUUAUGGGUGAGGAUAUACCCGUCCCUCUGCCUCAAGAGCCAGUAAUUAGUGCUGUUGUGGAUUCAGACCCAGAGAUUCCAACCUUCGUCCAGCCGACCAAGGGAGCUGAACCUGCGACUAACACAUCCCCUAUUCAGGGGGAGUCCUUUUUCCCAACCACACCCAGGAAGGGUGCUAAGGGCAGAGCUAAAACACCGAAACGGUCUAAGAGCCAAAAAUCUAACAAAAAGGACGCUGUAAAAGAAAUUACAUCGGAACCAGAGAGCACCUCUGUUAUCACAUCAGACAGAAUACCGUCCAAUGCACAGCCUGUUCUAGACAGUAUUCCCUCAACUACAGCUGCAGGUGUCAUUACAGCCACCUCUUGGAAGCCUAAAACUGAGCAUUUGGUUCCUAAGGCUAUAGACAUGCCUAAAGAAUCGAAGUUACCUCCAGUCCUUGCAGAUCAACCUCCACCUCAACAUCUGAAACCUGUCUGCCCCCCAACCAAAAGUCCCAUUCUCCCCAAGCCUCAAAAACAACAACAACCACCACCACCACCACCUGAGUGCAUCUCACCCUCACUUUCUCCACCCCCAACCCGGCCAAACAUCAGACCCACACAGCUAAGCAGGAUCCCAGUUUCCCCACCAGAUUGGCUCAACCAAUCCAAGGAUGCAGGUGUCCCUUCCUCUCCUAGAGCAUCAGCAGCUCCCUUUGAGAACCCAGCAAUUCCCCCUGACACUGAGCCCAUGGAGACUGAGCAUAACAUCAGUGACUUGCGUAGGAUUCUCAUGAAGCACAAAAAUGUUUCACUCCCAGUCCCAUGCAGUAGUUCUGUUCCUAGCAAUUUGGCCACCUCAUCCCUUAGGGAUCCGCCACACCUACCUGAAAGUAAUACCCCAAUGGUUGCUGUGCCUAGUAAGACCUCUCUUAAUGACAACAGGCUGUCAUCUCAUCCAGCUCAGCCUGUAGUCCGGCCCCCUGCCUCACUACCAUCCCCUGAGUCAAAGUCAGUAAUUUCUGUUAUCGCCUCCACUGCCACCUCUGUUAUCAGUCGUGUUUGCAAUCCACCUGACAUGGAGAAGGUUAAUAUGUCAGUUGACAGAAAUCCCUUAGUGGACAUGCCACUUCCCAAGCAGACAUACAGGCCGCCCAGCAUGGAGGAUAGGGACAGUGGUUCGUACCAUGGACCAUCAGUUGGCGAGGAGGGUGGAAGUGCUGGGAGGUACUUGGUUGAGAGCUCCGGUCUGGGUACAGGCUCUAGCCCAGGUCUAAGGGUGAAUACCUCAGAGGGAGUGGUGGUGUUGAGUCACUCAGGGCAGAUCAAGGAGGGACCACAGAGGAUAAGUGCCAAAAUCAGCCAGAUCCCACCAGCUACUGUAGUUGACAUGGAAUCUCAGCAGCUAGUGUCCAUGCCCCAGAUAAAACAGGAGAUAUAUACCCACUCCCAGUGUCCUCCAAUACAGACAGACCAUGGGCAUCUUAAGACGCAACAAACGGUUUCUUCCAUUAAACAAGAAAACACUGGUAUGGAAAAGUUAGAAUCUCCCUACCCAUCAGGGCCUCAAGGAGGAGUCGUGAAGAGGCUCCAGCAGACAGUUAGUAGUCCACAAGUGAUGGGUUACCAUCAUCCAGAGUUCACAAUGUUAUUGAAGCAUCCAAAGAAAGUGGAUGGGGCUGAUGCUAUGAACGCUGACGGGGGUAAACCAUCUUGGACCUCUGCCAUAAGUCCUGCAAUAAGCCCCCACCUGCCCUCUCCGGCUGGCAACCACGUAGGCUUUGUUCCCGGUUCGGCCACUGACAGAACUCCCUCGCAUCUCAGUGGGGUCAAACAGGAGCCCCGUUCUCCUCGCAAGUCAGGCCAUCCACACUCUCCGUUCACUAAAGUGUCCUCUCCCAUCGGCUCCUCCUCUCCCAAAGGCCUCCCUGGGAUGCUGCCCUCUGGCCUGCCCGCCAUGCAGCAGUAUGUCACCAGUGGCCACCACCCUGAGCAGUCUGUCAUCAUGCAACCUCACAGUGCUCACGGUGGCAUUGGAAGGAUGUCACCCCAUCGUGCCUCCCAAGCAAUCCCCAUGGGGCACCUUGUCCAAGGAGAGGUCAGGGUGAACACGCCACCCCUAUCUGUCAUGAGUUUCGGGAUGCAUGGAGACCCUCUUGCCUCUCCCUGGUCCGGUCCUCUCCAGCAACGCCCCACCUCGCCCCAGGCGGUAGGCAGAGACAUGGUCCUCAAGGUUAACCCUGGGAAUGUAAGGGGCCACGAGGGAGAGCAAGACGAUUCCAGGCGCUUCCAUCAGGCCGGAGGAAGACAAUCUGCCACCCAGCUGAAACCAGAGACUAUGCAGGCGGAUCCCCGCGGGGCUCUACUCAGCGGGCUGCAGCUGGACCCGUACAUGUCGCCCAGGGACAUGCGUGUGCUCAUGCACCACCCUCAGGGAGAGCGCUCGGCCCCAGAGCCACACCAGGGACACAUCCAAGAGACUGGCCCACCCUCCUCAACAUCUACCAACAUCACCUCGUCGAUGUCCCCCAGGGCACAUCUGCUGUCUAAAGGUGUGUCCGAGAAGGAUGCCAAGCCACAGGAGGUCAAGAGGCCACACUCUCCUCUGAAGGAUGGGAUGAUGGGAAUUCGGCCAAGUAUGGCCACCAUGGCGUCUCCGCAAAGGGUGCAGCUGCUGCCAUCAGGGACGGGAGCUUCUUUCUCUGAGUAUCCAGGAAUGUACACCAACACCCGGGCCAUCCAUUCCCAGAUCACUGAGACCUCUCCUUUUGGGGUCAAUCAGGCACCGCUCAACAUCACUUCUGCCUUAGGUGCAGAUCCCAGCCAGUCAAAAGCUGAUGUCAAGGUGAAACAAGUUGGACAGCAACCUGUGAACAUGGUGCAGCUGCUCACGAAGUACCCCAUAGUGUGGCAAGGGCUGCUGGCACUGAAGAAUGACCAGGCUGCUGUCCAGUUGCAUUUUGUCUGUGGCAACAAAGGAUUGGCUCUACGGUCACUGCCCCUACCCGAGGGAGGAGCGCUACUUCGGAUCGUCCAGAGAAUGAGACUCGAGGCGUCACAACUGGAUGGUGUGGCUAGAAGAAUGACACAGGGGGAGAGUGAGUUCUGUCUCCUGCUCGCUCUGCCAUGUGGACGGGACCAGGAGGAUGUCCUGAACCAGACCCAGGCCCUAAGAACCGCUUUCAUCAACUACCUGCAGGCCAAGCUGGCUGCAGGCAUCAUCAAUGUCCCCAACCCAGGCUCCAAUCAGCCUGCCUAUGUGUUGCAGAUAUUCCCACCAUGCGAGUUUUCAGAGAGCCACUUAUCCCGGCUAGCCCCUGACCUCCUCAACCGGAUCUCUAAUAUCUCCCCUCACCUCAUGAUCGUCAUCACCUCCGUUUAACGACCCCUCCCCCCCCCAGCAAGAAAAGGGAAAAGCCUCUUCUCUUCAGUGGACGUACUUAACGUUGAGCCUCAGGAACCAAGAGGAAUGGCAGGAUCUUUGCUCCUGGAGACACUGGGAACAUGUAGGAAUAACGUCCUGUUGGAACUUUUCCCUUUUCCAUAUCAAGUCUUUUUUUUUUUGUCACUCCUGGUAUUUUUGUCCUUCUCAAAAGAGCGAGCUCAGGGAUGGAUCAGACCAGAGCCCUAUGUGUCCAUUCUUAUUGGACCUCUUUUCCUGCUGUAUUUGUAUUUAUUGGGGAGUUUUAUUUUUACGUAGGGAGUUACUUUGAAGAAAAAUCUGGAUGUUUGAUGAAUAAGAAGAAUGAGUGACUAACUGUGUGGCCUUUUUUUCCUUCAUCUUUUAAUGAUUAUGGUUCAUUUUUCAAUUCUUCAUAAGAAAGGAUCAUAGAAGUCAUUGUACAGCAAUGAAAAAAAAAAAAUAGACAUUUCAACAUGUAUUUAAACAAAUGUCAUUUUCCAGCCUUUCCCAUAGAGGAGAAAGCAUUAACUUCAAAAUACUAUUAGGGCACCCUAAUAGGGCAUGUCUCAAAUGGCACCCUAUUCCUCAUAGUGCACUACUUAAAGCCCUGGUGAAAAGUAGUACACAAAGGAAAUAGGGUGCCAUUUGGGACUCAUAGAUCUUGUAGAGAGGACAGGGUCAGCCUAACAAACCCCUUUGAUUCCACCAGCUCUGCUGUUCCAUUUUCUCUCUACUCAAACCAGACAAGGCUCUUCCGUUCCACCUGUUUCCGCGUUAUACGAGCAACAGUGGGAUUUAAGGAGUUUUGGAGUACUGGAAUCUGUAAAUAUUUUAAAUAUUUAAAACGGACAAAAUGGAACUUGGGACAAUUUGACACCGAGAGACUUCCAACCAACCAACCGUGGAAAUACAAGAUGGUAAGGUGGGAUUGUUGGGGUUGUAAGGAAGGACGCAGAGGGAAACCCCUUGAUUUUGUGGAGUAAAUGCUUCUAACACAGCAGGUUGGCAAACUCGUGUGGAGUUCGCUGAGGGCACUUCACAUUUUGUUACUCCAAUAAAAAAACAAUCCAGAAAACUUGAACAUUAAAUGAGCUCUUUUAUUUCA